GAAAUACAUAUAGAAACAUAAAAUGGAACAUCCAGCAAUUACAUUAUCAGGAUUAUGCGCCGUUGGCGGCAUUAUGGGGUAUGUCCGUAAGGGGUCAUUACCUUCUUUGAUUGCAGGCACAACUUUUUCUAUUCUUUUCGGUUCUGCCGGUUACUUACUUAAGCAAAAUGCUGAUUAUGGUUUAGAAAUUGCCUUUGUUGCUUCUUCUACUCUUUUAGCAGCAGGUAUCUCUAGAAGUUUGAAGGCUCAAAAGAAGGCAAUUCCAUUUGUUUUGAUUGCAAUUGGUGGUCUUUCAACCGCUUACUACGCUAAGAAAUAUAACGAAUUCUACCCAAUUUGGUGA